AUGCCCUGUCUGGGUAACGUGGCUUCAGUUCUGGCCCUCGUCUCGACGGCGACUGCCCAGUAUGCUCUUCCCGCUAAUGAAGUGCCCUACACUGGCGGCAACGUCUUUAAGCAAGAUGACCCAGCCGUGGCAAGCUAUCCCUUCUCUUAUAAACCUCCCUUCGAACCAGAGCAUUACCACGGCUACUACUCAUGGUCGGUGAACAAUGACACCGUCAGCGGUAGCAACUUCACUGGUUACAGCGCCAAGGACAGCUAUCUCAUUCCCGACGGUGCGACUGGCAAGUUUCCUUUCUUCCUGAUCAACGAAGGGACUCCCAAGACGAUAAAUAGCUCCAAGCUGUUCAAGACUUCCCCCUCGCCGAACAAUGCUUGCGCAGACAAUCAGUGCGAGGGCAAGUUCAAGAAAAUUCUUCAUAUCAUCUUCGAGAACGAGGUCUACGACUGGACCAUGGGCCAAGCCUACUGGAAAUUGCUGGCUACCCGUGGUAAACUGCUCAGGAGGAGCUACGCUAUUACCCACCCGUCCCUGCCCAACUAUGCUGCGAUCGUCGCCGGGGAUUUCUUCGGUAUGGCCCAUGAGGAUUUCUACCAUGUGAACGCCACUACCAUCUACGAUCUUCUCGAGGACAAGGGCGUCUCUUAUGGUACCUACGCCGAGUGGUACAAUCCUAUUGCCACUCACCGGGGUCCCAAUGACUGCAACAACUACAUGUUCAAUGGUCCUAUCGAUAACACCAACCCGACCUGGUGGUCUCAGGUGUAUCGCCGCCUUGAUGUUCCGGCCCUGCUAUUUAGUUCCUAUACGAGCAGAUACGAUCGCUGCAGCAAGAUCUACAGCGCGAAUAACACCUUUACUGAUCACGUCAUGUCACACACUCUGCCAGAGUAUUCGUUCUACGUACCGGAUAUGCUUCACAACGCCCAUGACCCCACCUCGGACAGUAACUACUUUAACCAGCCGAACACUGGCGGUGAGUGGCUCAACUCAUUCUUGGACCUGUACCUACCCGAGCUAGAGGCUCAAGGCACUCUGGUGGUUGCCACCUUCGACGAGGCUACCUGGUGGAACGACGACGAUGCGUCUCCCAACAACGACAAUCACAUCACCACGAUCCUCUUCGGGGCUGGCAUUACCCCUAACACGACCGAUGAUAGCUAUUUAACUCUUUACGGCAUGCUGCGCGGUGCCAUUCAGAAUUUUGGCCUAGGCUCGCUCGGCCGUAAUGACACUAAUACCACCAACGGUAAUCUAUUUGACCUGGUUGAUUACUCUCAUGCAAGCAAGAAAGCAAAGUUGGCCGAGAAGUGGUGA